AUGCCGGCACCUCAUCAACGGUUUUUCACUCUGAGAAACCCCUUCUCCAGAUGUGUGCUUUUUGCAGUAGCUUUGCUAGUCUUGCUAGCACUUAGCUGGAAGUCGGAUCGGGUGGACGAUGUAACGAGACAGAUUAUCAAGGCCGCAACGCCCAAGACAAAGGGGUCGACCUACCAGCAGCCCAUCGGUGAUGCACCGGUGGCCACCGAGGCGGAUGUUGUCCCCGUGUCCGACCAUGUCAUGGACUGCAGCGUGAAGCCAAGCUACAUGGAAGAGCUGAAGUCCGCCUAUGAACUUCAGGAUGGAUUCCAAUACCUCAAGCGCUACGUCAAGAUCAACCGCGAGCCGAUCGCCCGAAAGUCGAUUACGAAGCUGAACCAGGAGUUCCUGCCCAAUGGCUUUAAGACCAUCAACUCCAACUUCCCCAACAACUACGGCCAGGAGACUUGCCUGGAACCCCUCCAAGUUCCUGUUUCGCAGUCACCCUUCCCAGCCACCGGCAACCUCUCUGACUUCAUGUUUGGUGUCUCGACCACUUUCAAGAGGUUCAACUCUAGCAAGACGACUCCGGUCGACGAAUGGACCUACUGGUUGACUGACGGCAAGGGCAACUCCAACGGCGGCAAGCUGGUUCUUCUGCUGCUUGAUGCAUCAGAGGAGCAGAUCUUGGAAGCCAAGACUGUCCUGGACCAGCGCGGCGUUGACGUCGACGUUUAUCACUCCGACUCUCGUAUGGAGAUGGCUGUUCGCUACCUGACCCUGGUGCCCACUUUGUACAACCACCCCGAGCGACCCAACAAGAAAUGGCUCGUGACCUGCGACGACGACACUUUCUUCCCCAGCGUCCACGCCUUGACAAAGAAGUUCGAAGAGUACGAUCCUAGCGAGAUGCUCUACGUGGGCACACUGUCCGAGGAUGUUAACAACGUCGACCGUCAUGGUUCCCAGGCCUUCGGUGGAGCCGGUGUCUUCUUGUCCGUGCCCCUGGCCGAGCAGAUCAACAACAACUAUGAUACCUGCAAGACCGACGAGAAGAUCCGGGAGGCCAACUCUGGCUGGGGCCCUCAGGGCGAUAUCCUGUUGAGAAAGUGUAUCUACGAGAACUCGGACGUGCGUUUGUCGGUCAUGCGAGGUCUCUACCAGCUGGAUCUUUACGGCGAUCCAUCUGGUUUCUACGAAUCCGGCAUCAAGCCCAUCUCCCUGCACCACUUCAAGGGUGGCGGUUGGCACUCAGCUCUGCCCUGGUACUACACCAAGAUUGCUCACAUCUGUGGCGAGGACUGCACUCUCCAACGGUUCCAGACGGCCGACGAUUUCAUCAUCUCGACCAGCUUCAGUGUGGCUCACUACCCCCACGGCGUUGAUUUCAAUCUGAAGCAGAUGGAGCGGACGUUCGCUGCUGCUCCCCAAGACAAGGGCUGGAAUUUGGAUUACGUUUUCGACCCUCAACGCCCCAGUCUGCUUAAGACGGGUCGCAAGAUCAGCUGGGACCUCCAGGACGCCAUCGUUAACGAUGACAACACUGUGAGCCAGAUCUACGUGCGCAAGGCUGACGACUGGAGAUGGGUCGACCGAAAUGGCGAGCCGAUGGCCAAGAAUGACGGUAUCAUCGAGUUGGUGUGGAUUCCGUAA